AGCCAUUUUGUAUUUUGGACUCACCAGUCGCAGAGCCGUCAUCAUCCGACACGACGUCGCAUCCGCCAAUAUCAAGAUACCCCAGCCAACCGCAUAUUGAAGCAAUCAACAGCCGGUGGAAAUUGACCGCGACUCCUGCACUACUGCCCUCUUCCGCGAGUAACGGCCCAACAUCCCCGCCUCAGCGUGCCAGCCCAGUUCCAGCCGCAGGUGCAGAUGAUGCGAGGCUCUCGGCCACUCGUCCUGAGAUGUCGAUGCCCUCCGACGCAAGUCCAGCCUCCCAGCCUCGAUCCAGCUUCCAGGGCGUGAAGCGAGAGCUGGAGGCCGACGAUGACACGGAAUUGCAUCGCCCUCUCAAGCAGAUGCCUGCACUGAGCACCAGCUCUCACUCAGUCGACGUCCAAGCCUCCGAGUUCAUUCAGGUUGAGCUCAACCAGAGCAAGGACCUCUUGCGCAACAGACGAACUAUCCUCGAAGCUGCUCUGGAAUUUGUCAAUCGUGUUUCCCACCAGUCCAAUGAAGCCACCAUGGUGGAGGAGGCAAUGUGGGUGGGCUAUCCAUCACCAUUACCACCUUUUGCUCCAGAAACACUGGUAUUGCUACUUCGAGAGAUGUCAAAUCGUUCCGCAAGCUCAGACAAGACCGUAUUUCCGGACCACAUCCUCCCCAAAACACUGGAGAAGAUGGGCACUGCUCUCAUCAACAACACAGUGAGCGGCCAAACUCUGAUAGAGUAUGAAGCUUGUGUCCACUUCAAGACCUUCGUCUUGUUUAGCAUGUGGCCUCCCCUUGAAGGCGAUGAUCCACUCAAGAAGCAUAUCAAGGCUUCCAGGGAUAGACACCGCGAGCUCAUGUCCCGGGCCCUGAACAACAUCAGCGUCAUGGCUCAACCGACGUUCGGUCUUUGUCAAGCUCUAGUCUGUGGUGCCGUAUUUCUGCAACUCAACGGCGACACUUCCAGGAGUUGGAAUCUGAUCGCCUUUGCUUGCCGUGUUCUGGUCGCCCUUGGCUACCACAAGCCAGAAACCUCGGCGCGUCCUCCGCAGACCGACAGGGAGUAUGAGAUCCACGGUUGCAUAUUCUGGUGCUUUCUCAUGGAUCGACUUCUCUCCAUGCAUCUCGGACGGCCGCCAUCCCUGCCAAGCCUGGAGAUGAACAGAGCGUGGCUGUCCCAUCCGGAUUUCCCUGCCCGCCUGGUUGCAAUCGCCGAUCUCCUGGGCGAUUUUGCAUGCAUUCAAGACGCGGUCCUGGCUUGGAGAGAGUCGACCCCUCAGAUGAGGAGGCAGGAUGGGAUUACAGCAAACAUGUCCAUCUCCGCUACUCAACAACGAAUGAGGAGCAUAUUCACCAAGAUUGACAGACUUCGGCAUAUCCUCUUGAAUCAAGGUGCAGAUCCCCUUAUGAUCUGCUCGCUUGAAUUCCCGUAUUACUCUCUCGACACGGCAAUCCUUCGACUAAGUCCAUACGUCGCCUCUGACCCGGAGAUACGCCAAAGGUGUCUGACUUCCGCCCGCAACGCGCUGGUUGCCCUGUCCUCGCUACAAGAGUGGGAAUUGCACAAUGACGAGCCCGCAGCUAAUGAAGAAUAUCCCACAUUCCUCGCUUGGACGAUUCAUGCGUAUCCACUCUGCCCAUUCUUCGUCGUUUUCUGCAAUGUCGUUAGUACAUCAUCGGUACAAGACUUUCAACUUAUACACAAAGUCACAUGCGGAUUCGCUCGGUACGCCUCUGGGAACAAGGGAGUUGGACGACUCCACGACCUUUUCUCCAAGUUGGUCGAUCUCUGCCGGCCUUUGUUCCAGCCACCUAGCGAAGCCUCGUCGCCGCCGCAGACACGAACAGCCCAAGGACCGCGUGGGCCGCAACAGUUUGGAAACACAAUCAACCCGGGAAGAGCUAGCGGGUCUUUCACUCUCCAUAAUGUUCCCCAGGAAAAUACCGCCGUUCUUCAGCAGGACUACGCGUUGAGCAUAUAUGCUGGCAAGACCAGCAGCGUGCCCCGAACAGGGACAGCAUUCACGGAAUUUGGCACUAAUACCUCGUCGCUGUGGGCCGAGGACACCAUGAUAGGUUUGUUUAAUUACGAGCCGAGCUUGAGUUGGCUUAAUGGAGUGUGACUGAAUAUGGAGUGAUUGAGAUGAGGUUGCUGAUGGUCGGCAUAGUGAUUCCUGCGCGGAGGAAUACGUCUCGUGUGACGGUUCUUAUGACCUGGACUUAAUACCUCACCAUUAACAAUCAAUGCCACUCAACUAAAC